GACAUCCACCGCAGGCUGUGCUGCCUGCCGAGGGGCGGCGCGAGGGUGAGGCUCGCCCGAUCGCGGGGGCGGGCUGUGGCCACGAGGCAGGCCAGUGGCACGUGUGCGUCGACGACUUCGACGCGCCCGAGACCGCGGAAGAGGCUCGGGCUCGCCAGCUGGCGGGCGCGCAGGCGCACCUCCCGCGCCUUGCGCGGGGGAGCAACCAGCGCGCUGGCGUGGCCUGCUCGGCGGAGAAGGCGCUCGCCGCUGCAGCCCCGUGCUUCGCGACGCCGGCGCAGGGGCAGGGGGCGAGGGGGUUCUGCGUGGUGGUCGGCGGCGAGCCGGUGCGAGCGUUCGAGUUCAGCCGCCCGCUGUUCG